UCCUUUUUCCAUUCUAGUCAGAGUCACAAAGCGGGAACUUCUUGAAGAAGGGAAGCCAAAAAGCCACAAUACCGCAAGAUCACGUUUCCUUCAUUCACUCAUAAACCCCCCCACAUUCCACCACCGAGACACAUAACUCACUCUCUCUCUCACAUAUUGUCUCGCUCCGAGUUCUUCUCCAACUCAAGAGACAGUGAAUAUUUGUAGAGAAAAUGGAAUCUGAAGCAAGUGAAACUAGCACAGUGGUAACUCAACUUAGUUUUGGUGGAUUUGGUAGACAUGUGAAGGCAAGCGAUCUUGUAACGUACUUGGAAGAUGAAAUUGGGCUUGUAUAUAGGUGCCGGUUGAAAACAUCUUGGACCCCUCAAGAGUCCUUUCCAAAUUUUGAGCUCAUUGAUACUUCAAAUAUUGCAAGAACAAAUGAUUAUAUCAUGGUGGAGCCUCAUGCAUUUGUGCAUUUUGCCAUGACUGAGUCAGUAACUUCUGCUAUGGAUGCAGCAGGGCGUUCUCAACUUUUUUACAACAAUGAACCAUUGAAAGUAAGUUUGGGCCCUGAGAAUCCAUAUUUCUUGAAUAGGAGGAGGAGGGAUAAAACUCCAUUCAAGUUAUCUGAUGUAUGUGUCGAGAUUGGAAGUUUAGUUCAUCAAGAUGAGUUUUUUGUUGCUUGGAGAGGACCCGCUUAUGGUGUUGACUUUAUUGUGGAUGCCUUUGAUGGAACAUGCAAAUUUUGUUUUACCAGAGACAUUGCAUUUUCAUUUAAAGGGAUAAGGAAGCAUGCAGUCAUUAAAUGCGAUUUUAUGGUAGAGUUCUUGGUAAGAGACAUUUCCGAAAUCAAGCAAUACACAGAUACUGCAUAUCAUGUAAUUCUGUUGCGGCUGGCUUCAUCACCCUUGGUUUCGUAUAGAACUGCUGAUGAUGACAUUGACCAAUCAGUCCCAUUUAAUCUGUUGGAUGAUGAUGAUCCUUGGAUUAGAACGACAGAUUUUACUCCUAGUGGGGCUAUUGGGCGUUGUAAUUGCUACAGAGUUUCAAUACCCCCCCGACAUGGUGCAAAGUUGAAGAGGACUAUGGCUUAUCUUCGAGAAUGCAGGGUGCGGGAGGUUUGCCUCAAAAGGCCUCCUAAGGUUCAAAACGAACCUGAUUUUGGAAUGCCUGCUUCAGAUCCUUUCUUCUGUAUUCAUUAUAAGGAUGAUAUUUCGUUUGAGAUAAUGUUCUUGGUUAAUGCAGUAAUGCACAAGGGCAUUUUUAAUCAGCACCAGUUGUCGGACAGUUUCUUUGAUUUACUGAGGAGCCAACCAAAGGAGGUUAAUUUGGCUGCAUUGAAGCACUUGUGCACUUACAAGCACCCAGAAUUUGAUGCCUGUAAGAGACUGAAAGUUGUUCAAGAUUGGUUGCUGAAGAACCCCAAGCUUUUCAAGGAUCCUAAGCGAUUGGAUGACAUUUCUGAAGUUAGGAGGUUGAUUAUCACCCCAACUAAAGCCUAUUGUCUUCCACCAGAGGUUGAACUUUCCAAUAGGGUUCUUAGAAAGUAUAAGGAAGUUGCUGAUCGGUUCUUAAGGGUUACCUUUAUGGAUGAAGGUAUGCAGACAAUCAACUCUCAUGUUCUGAACUCUUAUGUUGCUCCUAUUGUGAAGGAAAUUAUGACGAACGCCUCUCCUCAGAAGACAAAUGUAUUCAAAAGGGUGAAGACAAUUUUGACUGACGGCUUUUACUUGUGUAGUCGUAAGUACUCUUUCUUGGCCUUCUCAUCCAAUCAAUUGAGGGACCGUUCUGCCUGGUUUUUUGCUGAAGGCAUGAACAUUACUAUCCUUGACAUCAAAACAUGGAUGGGGAAGUUCGCCAACAAAAAUAUUGCUAAAUGUGCUGCUAGGAUGGGCCUAUGCUUUUCGUCUACAUAUGCAACAGUAGAUGUUCCAUUAAGUGAAGUUAAUUUUGCCCUUCCAGAUAUCAAGAAGGGUAAGUAUGAUUUUUCUGAUGGGAUUGGUAAGAUUACUCCUGACCUUGCAAUGAAAGUCGCUGAGAAGUUGAAACUUGACAGAGAUCCACCUUGUGCAUAUCAAAUAAGAUAUGCUGGCUGUAAAGGGGUUGUGGCUUGUUGGCCAUCCAAUGGUGAUGGGCACCGGCUUUCUUUAAGGCCUAGUAUGAACAAGUUUGAGUCAUGCCAUACUAUACUGGAAAUUUGUUCUUGGACUAGGUUGCAGCCGGGUUUUCUGAACAGGCAGAUUAUCACAUUACUGUCUGCACUGGAUGUUCCAGAUGAGAUAUUCUGGAGAAUGCAGGAGAGAAUGGUUUUAAGGUUAAACCAGAUGCUUGUGGACACGGAUGUGGCAUUUGAUGUUCUCACUGGCUCUUGCGCUGAGCAAGGAAAUGCAGCAGCCAUAAUGCUGAGUGCUGGUUUCAAGCCCCAGACAGAACCUCAUCUACGGGGCAUGUUAACCUGUAUACGAGCUGCUCAGCUCUGGGGCCUUAGGGAAAAGGCUAGGAUUUUUGUUCCUUCUGGAAGAUGGCUUAUGGGAUGUCUAGAUGAGCUAGGGGUACUUGAGCAAGGCCAGUGCUUUGUCCGAGUGUCUACCCCGUCGCUACAGAAUUGUUUUGCCAAUCAUGGCUCUAGGUUUGAUAAGAUUGAGAACAAUCUUCAAGUGAUUAAGGGGCUUGUUGUGAUAGCAAAGAAUCCCUGCCUUCAUCCCGGAGAUAUAAGGAUUCUUGAAGCAGUUGAUGCCCCUGAGUUACACCACUUGCAUGAUUGCAUUCUUUUCCCUCGGAAGGGUGAUAGGCCCCACACAAAUGAAGCUUCUGGAAGUGACCUCGAUGGGGACCUUUACUUUGUUACUUGGGAUGAAGAUCUUAUUCCCCCAAGUAAGAAGAGCUGGACUCCUAUGUUGUAUGAUCCUCAAGAAGCCAAACCUCAUGGGCGUCCUAUAACUCAGACGGAUAUUAUAAAUUUUUUUGCGAAAAACAUGGUGAAUGAGAACUUAGGGGCUAUAUGCAAUGCACAUGUGGUUCAUGCUGACCGUAGUGAUUAUGGGGCUAUGGAUGAGAACUGCCUUCUAUUAGCUGAGUAUGCAGCAUUAGCAGUUGAUUUUCCGAAAACUGGAAAGACUGUUGCCUUGCCAGCACAUCUAAAGCCAAAGAUGUACCCUGAUUUCAUGGGGAAAGAGGAGUACCAGACGUACAAGUCAACUAAAAUUUUGGGGCGACUGUAUCGCCACAUUAGAGAUGCUUAUGACGAAGAAAUGGCAACCUCUUUGGAGCUGAAUUAUACUCCCGGUGACAUCCCAUAUGAUAUGGAUCUGGAGAUUCCUGGAGCCACUGAUUUUAUAGCUGAUGCGUGGGAGAAAAAGUGCUCUUAUGAUGGCCAGGUGAAGGGUCUAAUGGGGCAAUACAAAGUUAAGAGAGAAGAAGAGAUUGUUACUGGGCAUGUUUGGUCCAUCCCCAAAUCCAACAGCAAGAAACAAGGAGAGCUGAAGGAGCGGUUGAAGCAAUCCUACAGUGCUCUUAAAAAAGAAUUCAGGCUAGUUUUUGAGAAUAGGGAUUCAAAUAUUGAAUCUCUUACUGAUGAUGAGAGGAGUAUACUGUAUGAGCAGAAGGCAUCGGCAUGGUACCAGGUGACUUACCACCCGAAAUGGGUGAAAAGAUCAAUCCAUUUGCAAGAGCCAGAUGUUGCUGGAAAUGUGGCGCUGUUGAGCUUUGCCUGGAUUACAGCCGACUACCUUGCACGAAUCAAGAUCAAGCGCCGCGGAGUGGAACAUAUUGAUUCUUCGAAGCCUAUCAACUCUUUGUCGAAGUACCUAGCUGAUCGAAUGUGACCAGCAUUGGAAGACCUAAGAGCCGUUUAUUAUGGCAUCCGGAAACCCUUGAGAGUUGUCCCAUGUCUCUCCGUUAAACAUCACGGCGACAAGGCCAUUCUGCCAAUUUUAUUAGCUAAGUUUUAUGUUUAAUCUUGUGUUUUUUGAUUUCUCCUUGGGAAGUAUGACUCAUUGAAGCUACUGGUUGAUAUCUUCAGAAACAAACCGAAAUAGAAGUUCUGGGUUCCUA